AUGGCUAUGCGUGCCAUCUUUCUGCUGACAGUGUUCCUUCUGUUGUCGCAAAAGGAAAUCAAGGCUCGGAGUCCUCAGACUAAGUGCAAUGGAAUCGCGGCAUCGUACAACGCAAAUUACGGACGUCAUUGCGGAAACCCGCGAUCAAGUAGCUGCGUUAAUUAUCUGCAAGCAAUGACGCCUGUGUUUAAAGCAUGCAGAUUGCUGGGAUAAGUGAAACACAAUGUACUAGUACGAAACCUGUUUCACCUAAGCAUUAUAAAAUUACGACGCAAUAAAAUUG